AGCUGGAAUUGCUUGCCAGUUCAGUGCUGGACAGGGUAAGAAUCUGUCUCAGCAUUUUUAAGAGAAGUCGGACUGAAAGCACACUCUUUAGAAGAAUCAAAUGGCUAAGCUCUCCUUUGCUGUCUGGAGUGAGGAGAACUGGUCCUACAUUUACAUGCAGUCACUGCAAAACAAGACCUUAGGCAAACAUCACCCCAGUAAACUGGUUUUGUAACAGCACGCUGCCAUAUUGUGGUUUUAUCCGAAUGCAUCAAAUAAGAUCAGGAGGUCUCCUGCUGUUACAUAAGCUCAUAGUCUUUCGAGACUAACUCCUUGUCUAGCAGCUAUCAAAUCAAAAGAUGCUUCAGCUGUAAUCACCCGGUCCACUUUAAUCCUCAGUUGAGUUUAAAUAGCAGACACUGUCUUUAUCCCGGACACUCAAGUCACAGGUCACAAAAUGGGCAAUGCUAAAAGCGGAGCGCUUUCCAAAGAGCUUCUCGAGGAGCUGAAGAUGUACACCAAGUACAGCGAGGAGCAGCUUUACGCCUGGUACCAGAAGUUCCUGAACGAGUGUCCGACGGGCCGCAUCAGCCGAGAGCAGUUCGAGAGCAUCUACGCCAGCUUCUUCCCCGACGCCGAUCCCAAGGCUUACGCUCAGCACGUCUUCAGGAGCUUCGACGCCAACAGCGACGGGACGCUGGACUUUAAAGAGUACAUCGUGGCUCUGCAUCUGACAUCCUCGGGGAAGACCGUGGAGAAGCUGGAGUGGGCGUUCGCUCUGUACGAUGUCGACAGGAACGGCACCAUCACCAAAAACGAGAUUCAUGAAAUAGUGAAGUCAAUAUUCAACAUGAUCUCCAAAGAAGACCAGAAAAACCUUCCGGAUGAUGAGAACACUCCUGAAAAACGAACAAAUAAAAUUUGGGACUUUUUUGGGAAAAAAGAAAACGGUAAAAUAACAGAGGGCGAGUUCAUUCAAGGAGUUAUGGACAAUAAGAACAUCCUCCGUCUGAUUCAGUUUGACGAACCACAAAAGGUCCAAGAGAGGCUCAAAGAGAAGAAGCAAUAA